AUGCAACUUAACAGCAAGGCAGGAGAGGAGGAGACAAUGCAGCUGCACCUGGAGGCCAGCGCCUCUGAAGAGGAAACGCUUACAGAUUAUUACAGAGUACUCAGGACCCUUGGCAAGGGGAGCUUUGCUGAGGUCAAGCUGGCCUGCCACCUCCACACAGAGGUGCAUGUAGCUGUCAAGAUCCUGAAAAAAGGAAACAAUAAAACUGAAAUUGAAAUCAUAAAGGUGCUAGAGCACCCAAACAUCAUUAAGCUGUUCCACAUCAUCAAUACCAGAGAACACACCUAUAUGGUGAUGGAACAUGCUGCUCACGGAGACCUGGUGAGCCAUAUUGAGAAGGUGGGAUGUCUGCAGGAGAAGCAGGCCCAGCACAUCUUCACACAGUUGGUGUGUGCAGUUCACUACUGCCAUAACAAUGGCAUUGCUCACAGGGACAUCAAACUAGACAACAUACUGCUGGAUGGCAAAGGGAACAUCAAACUGUGUGACUUUGGCCUGGCCAUCAGAGUCACAGAUGGAGAGAUGGUGUUAGGGUUCUGUGGCACUGUUGAAUAUUGUGCUCCAGAGCUAUUCACUGACAGAGAAUAUGAUGCAAAGGCAGCUGACAUCUGGAGCAUGGGAGUUGUUUUAUAUACAAUUGUGACAGCACAGUUCCCAUUCAAUGCAUACACCUAUUCAGACAUGAAGGAGGAGAUGCUGAGUCCCACUCUCUUCAUUCCUGCCACACUUUCAGAAAACAUCGCAAACCUCAUUGUGCAGUUGUUGACUAUGGAGCCUGGGCAGAGGCCAAAGAUAGGUGACAUUAAGCAGCAUCAGUGGCUCAAGGACAGGGAAGAAUUUUGGAAACUCCCAUCAUCCUCAGCAACACACGGUAACAACCCAAGUCCCAGCAUUGUGGUGACUAUGUGGGACAUGGGCUACCGUCCCAAAGAUAUUUGUGACUGUAUUCGUAAGAAAAAUUUUAAUAACAUAAUGGCCACCUAUUUAAUCCUAAAACAUGGUCACCACACUGACCAUCCUGUUAAGGCCAUACAGGGCGGUGUUGCCAUGUCCCCAGCACGUGCUCUCACCUCUCUUCUUCCUCUGAGGGCAAUGAGUGAGCCUGCACUUUCUACAUUGACCUGUCUGCCUGAACACCACAUACACAAUGAGAAUCGGUCAAGGAACAAGGGAAGCAGGAAGCUGAGCAUGCCUACCACCCUGUGCUUGCAGCAGUAUGGGGUCAACCUACCUAAACUUGUCCCCAGGUGUGCUCCCAAGGUUACUUAUCUUGUGAGCAAAACUGUGAAAAGUAACAUUAUGUGCAAAGGGGUCUCUUCAAGAUGCCCAUCCCAACAGGGCGUCUCUUCGGUACAGUCUUUUUCCCAGGAGGCCCUCCACAAACUAAACAUCCCUUCAAAUAGUUCUUACACUCUGAGUACACCACCUGCAAGUAAAUCCAGAGAGUCACCUCAGCGUGUUACCAGCAGUGCCACCAAUGGAACCCAGAGACCUUCCCUUCAGCUGGUGUUGGCCCGGCAAGGGUCAUGCCACUUAAAAGCAACAGGAGAGGAGGAGACAAUGCAGCUGCACCUGGAGGCCAGCACCUCUGAAGAGGAGAAGCUUACAGAGUAUUACAAAAUACUCAGGACCCUUGGCAAAGGGAGCUUUGCCGAAGUCAAGCUGGCCUGCCAUUUCCACACAGAGGUGCAGGUAGCUGUCAAGAUCCUAAAAAAAGGCAGCAAUGAGCCGAACAGUGAGACUGAAAUUGACAUCAUCAUGGUGCUAGAGCAUCUAAACACCAUUAAGCUCUUCCACAUCAAUAGCAGAGAACACACCUAUUUGGUGAUGGAACAUGCUGACCAUGGAGACCUUGUGAGCCAUAUUGAGAAUGUGGGUUGUCUGCAGGAGAAGCAGGCCCAGCACAUCCAGAUGUCCUCAACUGAGAAUAGGUAG